UCGUCCAAUAUUUGAUCAAAUCUAGGCCGAGGCCGUAUAUUUGAUCAAAGAAAUCGCUUGUCUUCUGUUCACUGCAAUGCGAUAUGUUACCACGCCGAGCGCCAGCAUCGCUGGAGCGUUCUGUCAUCUUUUGUGUUUGUAAACAUGGCUGCUAAAUACAAUUGGUGUGUGGCGUCUACCACAAAAUUAAUUGAAUUGUACGAAGCGAAUGAGGCGCUUUACAAUGUGAGGCACCCUGAAUAUAAAAAUAGGUUAAGAAGAUUGGAAAGUUAUAAAAAUAUUGCAGAGAUAAUCAGCCGAGACAUACGGCCAGGAUGUACGGCCGAAGACAUAAAGAGGAAGAUAAAUGGCCUCCGUACUAGCUACUCGUACGAAAAAGCAAAAGUACGUAUUGACAUAUUCAUUUAUAUUUAUUUAUGCAAGUUAAGUUUACAUGUCAUACAAAUGAUUAGCAUUAAUUUGUUCACUGCAGCGACUUGAAGCAUACAAUAAUGUUUACGUAACCUACAAGUAGUUAAAUUAUUUUCAUUAUUAAUAUUGCAGAUGAAUAAAAGCAAAAGUGGAGCCAGUGCGCAGGCGGUGUACACACCACAAGUGUACUGGUUUCAAAUGCUGAAAUUUCUAGACCAGUCUACAGAGGCCGACGAAAGUAUGUGCAAUUUGGAGAGCACGGAUAGUGAAGCUGGAAGUGAACGUGCGACACCGACGUUUGAGGAUAUGUUAGCGCAUGAGAUGCAAGAGCCUGUCGCAUGUAGCGAGGCACAGCCACAGCCCCUGCGUCAAGAGCGGCCUCCCACUAAAAGGAGGAAAGUCACGCCAGACGUGGCAACUAACGUCAUGCAGGAGGCCAGCAGGACACUUCAGGCUAUGGCUGAUGCUGCCAGAACCAUGCCUGUCCAUGAUGACCGCGAUAGUACCCUUGGCGCCCACAUCGCAGCAGAUCUGCAUGAAAUGGAAAGAGUGGGCGGCAGGGAAUACACCACUGCCACUAUGCACAGUCUGCAGCGGACAUUAAUGGACAGGUGGGAUUUGCUGCAUGCGACAGUCCGUGCACAACCGUCCACCUCUGGAUAUAUCCAGGUUGCCUUGCAGCAGGCUGGAAUACUGGAUGAAGAUUCCCUUCCAUAAAUAUAUAUGUGUCUAUAAAUUUUGUAUCUCUCCAAUCUUCUUAAUCUAUU